GGUUGGAUGUGGAAGAUGUGAUCAACGGGGAAUGUUUACGUGGAGGAUCUUAAAAUGAGGAACCAUCCGAGAACCGGAGCAGUAAAAUACAACAGUGCGCCAAAGCCUAUCUCUUACAUCAGAAGCUACUGUUGGGUCGAAUCAAACCACAAUGGCUCAAGCGAAACUAAGCGAGAUGAUAAGGCCCUCUCUAGUCGAUAGAGGCGACGUCGGCAGUUUAUCUGGGCCCGAAUCUUUCAAGGCAAGAGCACGCGUGAUCAGAGCGGGAAAUGUGAUAACAUCGCUGGGUGGGCCGGACGGCGUCGCGCGCAUGGUCGUCGCCCGCAAAGCCCGGUCCCAGGAGAAGGAGGAACUGACCGUCCUGAACAACCGCUUCGCCUCCUACAUCCAGAAGAUGCGCUUCCUCCAGCAGCGUAAUCGCGCGCUGGAGGCGCAGAUCCUUCAACUACAAUCGACUGAGAUGUCCGCAGACACGAAGACGUUAUACGAGAAGGAAACUCGCGACCUGCGUACGCUUGUCGACGAGCUUUCCGAUGACAAAGCCAGAAUGGCACUGGAGAGGGAUCAAUGGAAGGAACGGGCCGAGGAAUACAAAAGAAAGUGGGAGGAAGAGUCAGCCUGGCACGCUGAGCUGAAUACUGAGGUUGCAAAGCUCAACAAAAACUUGAAUGCUGUAACGCUGAUACGUGUGGACCUGCAGAGUAAGAUUGCUUCAAUGAAGGAAGAGAUUGAUUUCAUGGUGACGGUUCACAAACAGGAACUGAAGCAACUCCAAGACCAGUUGAACCAGAGCCUGUCCAUUGUUGCUGUAGAUGAGAUUCCCGAAGCUGGACCAGAUGUCAUCAGUGAGCUGUACGAGCUGCGGCAGCUGUAUGAAGACUUCUGCCGGGAUGUCAGGGCCAGGUGCGAGGAGAAAUUCACCGGGCUUGAGCUCGAGCGCGAGCGGGACAGCAAGACGAUGCUGGCCGCCAGAGGUGCGCUCAUCACCUCCCGUAAAGAGGUGUCCGAGCUUCGAGGGCAGCUCAACACCGUUAUGACUGAGACUGUGACUGAAACAGUGACGCGUGAGAGCUCAUCUUCUUCAUCAACUGAACUCCAACAAAUGAGGAUAACCUCCGAGACAGAGCUGGACAUGUAACCUGUACAUGUUGAUGACCAACGCUACUAUAACACACCGGGAAGGUCAUCCUGUUGAAACAGCAAGACAGCAGGAAGUUUACCUUGCGUGUUUAAUCCGACCGCUGAGAGUUGGGGAUGAAAGAACAUCAACGUAUUGCUAAUGCUAAUUAAACUUCAUAGUUUAUAGCACUUCAUAGUUAGUAUACUAGAAAACAUUAUACUGAACAACUAUAUCAAGAGUAUUCCGAUGGAACGAAAACGUAUACGACGUUGUAAUUCUAUAAUUCUAUAUUUGCUUCGAUAGCUUCGUUACACAGUUAUCUGUAGUUCCCAUGCCUGUUAUUAUGCGAUUGGUUUUCUGAAUUGUUUCUGAAGAUGAAUAAAGAUAUUAAAGCGUU